GGAAAAGAUCUGACGUGCAAGCCGAUAUUUUUGACCUUCAGUCCACCAGCCCUAAACGUUUCCGGGGAUAUUGUUCAAGAUGGAAAACGCGGCACAAGCCAUUAUUUUGGCCUUGCUACUUGUUUUAGGGUUUGUUAUAGUUCGCUCGGGCGGGAGGUGGACCGAGUCACCGGCUGGAAGCACCAGAAAGCCGCCCCCCGAGACUGCCCUCGAGCUCGACCGAACCUCCACUUCGCAACCCUCUCCACGCCCCGUAAGAACCGUUAGUCCGGUUGCAGAGCAGAAUCGUUCCCUCCCCCCUUUCAACCAGUCUCCAGCCGGAAGCAUCAGAAAGGGCCCAUCCGAGAAAGAAGCCGACCAAACCUCCACCUCGCAAUCCCCUCCACUCCCUGCAAGUACCGCUACACAGUCUGCUCCCCAGGAAGGGAUCCUUCCUUGCAGGAAAUCCACGGAUUACACUAUCGGCUGGAUCUGCGCCAUAUUAACCGAAUAUGUGGCAGCUCAAGAAUUUCUCGAUGAAGAGCACGAACGACCGGAUUUUACAUCGCCGCACGACACUAAUAAUUACACACUCGGCACAAUUGGGGGCCAUAACGUCGUCAUCGCUGUCUUACCUGCUGGCGAAUACGGAAUCGCUGCCGCAGCCACGGUAGCUACGAAUAUGCAGCGCAGCUUCCCCAACGUUCGAAUCGGGCUAAUGGUUGGUAUCGGGGGCGGUGUUCCAAGCAAGAGGCAUGACAUUCGCUUGGGCGAUGUUGUCGUUAGUGCACCCCGGGACGGUAAAGGUGGUGUGUUCCAGUAUGACUUUGGCAAGACAGUGCAGGAUCUUUCGUUCCAAUACACGGGGUUUCUUAAUCAGCCUCCGACAGCUCUCCGUACUGCCCUGACGGGGCUGCAAGCACGAUACAAGAGAAAAGGGCACCGUAUUGAGAACACAAUCGAAAGCAUUCUGAACCGGAACCCAGGGCUCCGUCAAGAGUACGCGCGGCCGCCAGGAAAUGCCGAUACCCUGUUCAAAGCCGCAGUGGUCCAUGAUGCAAAGGGCUGUGCGGAAUUCUGUGCUAGUAAUCAAUCGAAUAUCAUCGGGCGGCGUGCGCGAGCUACAAACGAACCAAAUCCAGCUAUUCACUAUGGGCUCAUCGCUUCUGCAAAUCAAGUGAUGAAGAAUGCAAAGGUGCGCGAUCAGCUGGCAGCUGAGAAUGAUAUCCUCUGUUUCGAAAUGGAGGCUGCAGGGUUGAUGAAUCAGUUCCCCUGUAUUGUUAUCCGCGGUAUCUGUGACUAUUCGGACUCGCAUAAGAAUAAGGAGUGGCAGGGCUUCGCAGCAAUGACAGCAGCUGCGUAUGCGAAAGAUAUGAUCUGCGAGAUUCGUCCAAGUUUGAUUGAGGCUGAGAAGAGGCUUGGUGAUAUUCUACUUGGCCUCCAUGAUACUGUCAAAGAGAACCAGGACUUAGCAAAGCAGCAGCUCAAAGCCCAGAAUGAUUUCGCCAAGGAGAGGCUGUCCGAUAAAGAAGAAAAGUGUCACCAGCUGUUCCGUCUGACCAGUGACAGCGGGGGUGAGGCCACGUAUGAGUGGUAUAAGAAUCGAGUGGAGGAGAGGGUCGACAACACGUGCAAGUGGUUCCUCCAGCAUGAGAACUUCCAAAAGUGGCUGCAAUCAAAGUCCGGCCCCCUGUUCGUCUCAGCGGAUCCUGGAUGUGGCAAGUCAGUGCUGGCCCGGUACCUGGUUGACAGUUACCUACCGCGAUCGGUCACAAUCUGCUACUUCUUCUUCAAAGACAAACUCCAGGACAGAGUCCGGCAAGCACUUUGCGCGCUGCUUCACCAACUAUUCUCUCAGAAGCCGCAUCUGAUUAAACAUGCUAUGCUAGAGUACAGCAAGGAUGGAGAAGGUCUGGUUAAUUCAACAGAGUCGCUGUGGAAGGUUCUACGAAACGCGACUGGGGAUCCCCAGGCAGGGCCAAUAAUCAUGGUCCUCGAUGCCCUAGACGAAUGCCGCGAAUCGGAACUUCCAGACCUGACGCGGAAUCUGGAGAGUCAAUUCCAUAAGGGCCAGGGCAAGCUGAAGUAUCUCAUGACCUGCCGUCCAUAUGAGUCGAUUGUAUCUAGAUUCGGCAGCCUAUUGCAUACCUUCCCCAAUAUUCAUAUACCAGGAGAGGAAGAGUCAGAAACCAUCAGUCAUGAGGUGAAUCAUGUCAUCACGUACAGAGUCAAUCAGCUGUCGCAGAAGAAGAAUCUCUCAUCCGACGUCCAGCAGAAACUGGAUGAAGGACUGCGAAAGUCUUCCCACCGCACUUAUCUCUGGGUAUAUCUCGUGUUCAACUACUUGGAGGAAGAACAUUUCAAAAAGACAGCAAAAGGGGCCGAGGCGGCGUUGAAGUUAAUUCCACAAAGCGUUAAUGCGGCAUAUGAGCAAAUCCUUAGCAAGUCUAAGGAUCACUCGACGGUUGGAAAGGUCUUGAGUAUCAUCUUGGCCGCGACUCGACCGCUAACACUUCCGGAGAUGAACAUUGCUGUGAAUGUAGAUGAGAGAACGCAGUCUUUUCAUGACCUUGACCUGGAGGAUGAAGAGAACUUCAAAUCGCGCCUCAGAACGUUAUGUGGACUGUUCAUCUCAAUAUAUCAGGGCAGGAUUCAUUUUCUCCACCAAACGGCUCGCGAGUUUCUUCUGGGAGAUUUCCGAUCAUCCGAUACUGUUCUGUCAGACCCGGGCUGGUAUCACUCCAUCGCUAUGACUCAGGCACAUGAGGUCCUUGCAACUGUCUGUGUACGCUAUCUCGACUUCUUAAAUUCCGAUACAUCCAUUUCAGCAAACGCAGGUGAAGAUGACAGCAACAUCCUUGGUAUUAACUACGACUUCCUAAAUUACUCAGCCAAAGCCUGGACUACUCACUUCCGCGAGGCCGAUAUUUGUCCUACCGCUGCCAUAUUGCCCUCUGCACUAAGAAUUUAUGAUCCCGGUUCGAGAAGCUAUGCGACAUGGUUUGACAUCUUCUGGCAUACUGAACCUAGCUUUCCAACUAUCCAUAAUUUUUCGAAUCUUAUGCUAUCAUCGUACUGCGGGCAUUAUGCCAUUGCCAAGGAACUCAUCGAACAAGGAGCGGAUGUUGAUUCCAAGGACUCUGUGUAUGGUCAAACACCUCUAUCAUGGGCUGUAGGAUGUGGACACCUGGAGGUUGUUAAGCUUCUUAUCCAGACCGGAAAGGUGGAUAUAGAUUCCAAGGAUAAGUUUGGUCAAACACCUCUAUUAUUAGCUGCAGUAUAUGGAUACCUGGAGGUUGUUAAGCUUCUUAUCCAGACCGGAAAGGUGGAUAUAGAUUCUAAAGACUCAGAGUAUGGUCGAACACCUCUAUCAUUAGCUGCAGAAAAUGGACACCUGGAGGUUGUCAAGCUUCUUAUCCAGACCGGAAAGGUGGAUAUAGAUUCUAAAGACUCAGAGUUUGGUCAAACACCUCUGUCAUGGGCAGCAGAAAAUUGGCAUAAGGAGGUUGUCAAGCUGCUUCGUCAGGCUACGUGCGGAACGGUUUAGCAGGCUCUCUCAACAAUUUGUUUGGGGCACAACAACUACAUUCAACACAAUGUGAAUACCAAAGUGAGAGAUGCGACUGUUGCUACCCAACUCUAUAGGCGAGGCCGUAUCGCACAGGAAUCCAGAUGGCCCAGAAGCACAUGGAUAAUCCCAGCACCCUC